CGAAACCGCGAUCUCAUUCUCCUUCACACAAUUUUGAAUUCCUCAUCAAAUCUCAACCGUUCAUCACAAAUCCCCUUUCCAUUUCAAACCGGAAAAAACCCCCAAAACCAAACCCUCACAUCGAAACAGAGUUGUUAGUUGUGACUCUAACUUCAAUGUUCAAUCCAUGUUUAACUUAACCAUUCUACUUCAAUCUCAAAAUCCGUAGCAAUUUCUACACUUCUCAAAUUCGUCGAUUCGGGAUUUUGUUCUUCAAUUCCUCCUUCAGAAUGCUGAGGGAUUCGAAGUUCCCGCGCAGGAGGCACGAAGAACCGGAGAAUGUGGACCCUUCGGAUUCAUCCGCAGCAGCUCAGAGAUUUGUAGAAAGCUCUAGACCUCCGCUGAAUAUGAUUCAAGAGCCGGAUGUGAGUAUCGGAAGCAGGAUCGACCGGACUCCGACGAAGACUACCACUAAGAGGCCUGAGAUUCGAACACCGGAUAAGCAUGCAGCCGGAGGAGGAGGAGGACAGUGGAAGCAGCGGUUUGGGUGGUCUAAGAAUGAGGCUGUGUCGUUGAAUGAUGAUAGGAGAGGAUCUGGCUGUGUUGGUUAUGCGGCGACUCCUCGUGUGAAUAAGAGUAAUUCCACGCAGAGCACUCCGACUAAGAGUGCGAGUAAGCCUCCUCCGAGCUCGAGUGCUCGAAGCAAGGCUGAGGGGAGCGCGGUCGGUGCUCGAUUAGGGAACAACUAUGCCGCGUUGUAUAAAGGGUUUCCGAGUUCAGCUUGUGCUCCUCCCGCGGUUGUUAACACGGUUGAAGUGCCUCACUUCGAUCUCAAAGAAGAUUCUUCAUUCUGGAUUAAUCACAAUGUACAGGUUAUUAUUCGUGUUCGUCCUCUGAACAGCAUGGAGCGGAGCACACGCGGCUAUAGCAGAUGCCUGAAGCAAGAAAGCUCUCAGAGCAUUGCUUGGAUUGGGCAACCGGAACAACGGUUCACCUUUGACCAUGUUGCAUGUGAAACAGUAGACCAGGAAAUGAUUUUCCGAAUGGCUGGUCUUCCAAUGGUGGAGAACUGCCUCUCAGGAUACAAUAGUUGUAUGUUUGCAUAUGGGCAGACAGGAAGUGGAAAAACACAUACCAUGCUCGGUGAAAUAGAACAUUUAGAUGUGAAGCCCAGUCCUCAUCGCGGAAUGACUCCACGUAUAUUCGAGUUUCUGUUUGCCAGGAUCCAAGCUGAAGAGGAAAGUCGAAGAGAUGAGAACUUAAAAUACAACUGCAAGUGUUCCUUCUUGGAGAUUUACAAUGAACAAAUUACGGACCUACUUGAUCCAUCAUCCACCAAUUUGCUUCUGCGAGAGGAUGUCAUGAAGGGUGUUUAUGUUGAAAAUCUAUCAGAGUAUGAAGUUCAAAGUGUGAGUGACAUUUUAAGACUUCUAAUUCAGGGUUCUGCAAAUAGAAAAGUUGCAGCAACAAACAUGAAUAGAGAAAGCAGUAGGUCCCACAGUGUUUUUACUUGUGUAAUUGAAAGCACAUGGGAAAAGGACUCUACAACUAAUUACCGAUUUGCGAGGUUAAACCUGGUUGAUCUAGCUGGUUCAGAAAGACAGAAAACUUCUGGUGCUGAGGGAGAGCGAUUAAAGGAAGCAGCUAACAUCAAUAAAUCAUUAUCUACCUUGGGUCAUGUUAUUAUGAUACUAGUAGAUGUGGCAAAUGGGAAGCAGAGGCAUGUCCCUUACAGAGACUCUAGGCUCACGUUUCUUCUUCAGGAUUCUCUUGGUGGAAACUCGAAAACAAUGAUUAUUGCCAAUGUCAGCCCUUCUAUCUGCUGUUCUGCUGAAACAUUGAAUACACUUAAAUUUGCUCAGAGAGCAAAACUAAUUCUCAAUAAUGCUGUGGUGAAUGAAGAUUCUUCUGGGGAUGUAAUGGCUUUACAUCAUCAAAUUCGACUUUUGAAGGAGGAGCUUUCUUCGCUCAAACAACGUCAGAAUGUCUCCAGGUCUUUGUCAUUUUCUUUGGCAUCUGUCAGAGAUAUGAAACAAUCAGUAGAAGACUGUUGUUCAGAAGAUGCACCAGAAUUGUUUGAACAACCUGAUGAUAAUAUGCUUGAUCAUGAAUCCCAGGGCAUCAGAAUGUCCCACAAACAGUUAAAAUCAUUGGAGACAACUCUUGCUGGUGCUUUGAGAAGGGAGCAGAAGGCAGAAUUUUCAAUUAAGCAACUUGAAGCAGAAAUUGAACAACUAAACCGUUUGGUUCGUCAACGAGAGGAGGAUUCUAUGAGUUGCAAAAUGAUGCUUAGGUUUCGUGAAGAUAAAAUUCGUAGACUGGAAUCUCGACUUGCUGGAUCUAUUACUACAGACACAUUUUUGCAGGAAGAAAAUAAAGCACUUUCUGAUGAGAUUCAGAUACUUCAGGGCAAAAUUGAUCAAAAUCCUGAAGUUACCCGGUUUGCUUUGGAGAAUAUCAGGCUCCAAGACCAACUUAGAAGAUAUCAAGAAUUCUAUGAAGAAGGAGAGAGAGAGAAUCUUCUGAAUGAAGUAUCUUCUCUAACGGAACAGUUGCUUCAAUUUCACGGAAGAAACUCCGUACAGAGUAACUCCAGCUAUGGCAUUCAACCUCAGAAUGCUCAAUGCUGCUGGAAAGAAAAUGAUUCUGUUGAUCUAGAGCUAAAAAAUACUCUUGAGGAGUUACAAGAAUGCAGGCGUAACUUAAGUUAUUGCUUAGAGGAGAAUGCAAAGCUCAGUAGGGAACUAGACUCUCUUCACUCAAUGUUAAGCAGCACAGAUGCCACAAAGGUUUCUAUAAAAGGAUCAAUGGAUGAACCUCAAACAAUUCCACCAAAGAUGGGAGUGUGCCAUGAACCUCAAUUGUUAAAACACACAGAUGAUAUCUUGAAUUUGCACCUGGAAUUAGAUAUAUUAAAGAUCAUUCUGACAGAAGAGAGGACUCUGCGUGGCAUAUUGGAGGAGCAAACAACAUGCUUAAAUCAGGAGCUUCUAAUUGCAAAAGAUAAGCUUUUGUUGACGAGCAAACAAAUAGAAGAUGCAAAUGACGAACUGAAAGAGUCAAAAUCUGUUAUUGAAGCCCUUGAAUCACAACAAAUUUUAUCAAUCAAAGAGAUAGAAGAGAUGAGGAACAAGAAUAGCCAUUAUCUGGAGCUUAUGACAAAACAAGAGCGUGAAAUAAUGGCCUUGAAUAAUCAAAUUGCAUUUAAAGAGUUAAGAGACAAUUCUCCUUCAAGUCAUUCAGAGAUUGAAAAUAAGUCCCUUUUACAGGUAAAACUCAUAAGGAUGCAUGACUCUCUGGAAAAAGCUAAGCAAAUGAACAUGUUGUACCAAAGUGAUCGUGCAUUCCAGAUAUCUAAUGAGGAAGAGAUGGAUAAUGUCCGCCGGCAGGCUGAGGCUGAAACUGCUGAGGUGAUUGUCUGUAUGCAGGAAGAACUUGCCCAGCUCCAGGUUCAGGUAAAUGAUAGUCAUGUGAAGGAAAUGGAAAUGAAAGAGAGUAUACUUCGUUUGGAAACUGAAUUGAAUGAGAUACAAGAAAAAUUGCUUACUACUGUUGAUGAUAACCAAAGUUUAAGUGAACAGCUUGGGCAGAGAGAUACAGAACUCAGAUCACUGGCAGAAGAAUGGGAACUAUUAACCUCUGAGAUUGAAGAGAUUCUUGCUGGUGGAUGUGAGGCACUUGUUGAUGCCUUUGAUGAACUUGGCCAUAUAAGUAAUUCAUUUCCACAUAAAAGGAUCUGGAUUUCUGAACAAGUUGGUAUGGUGGUUAGAAAAAUAUCUGAAAAGGAAUUAUUAAUUGAUGAACUCAGAAGAUGUUUGGAAGAUGCAAGCAGUAAAAGAAGUGAUAUGGAGUGUAUGCUGAAGUCCUUACGAAGUGCAGCACUGGUGAUUACUGAAGUCCACCAGAAGGAGUGUACAGAAAAAGAGAAAGUAAUUCUCCUGUUGACAUCACAGCUGAGUGAAAAAACAUCUACUGUGACCCAGCUGAAGGAGGAGUUGAUAAUGGCUGGAAGUCGUGUAAGAAAAGCAUCUAGCUGUGCAACGGCUGCUUUUGUAGUUGUGAAUCGAUUGUCAGAAGUAAAUCUUGGUUACCUUGAUGAUAUAAAGUGCAAGGAUAUUCUGCUCAGUGAACUAGCAGCGACUAAUGAUAGGAAGGAUGCUCUUCUAGCUGAUCAAUCCACUUCACUUGUACAAGCAGAGAGACAGAUAGCAGAAUUGCAGGAAAAACAUAACAAAUUAUGGCAGAAGCUGUCUGAGGAGCAAGAGCAUUCUUGUGCUUUGGAAAAAGAGCUUGAAGAUAUUGAAAAAAACACCAUUUCGAAGACAAGGGAGCAACUAGUGACAUUACGAGAUGGUGUCUCUUCGAUUAGGUCAUGCAUGGCCUCCUUUACAGACCGUUCUGAAAGUCUUGAUGAUAGAAAUUCAAGGACGUCAUACUAUGAUGAUAAUGGUGAACCAAGGACAAGUUCUGAAAUUCAUCAAAAUAAUGAUUCAGAUCCACUUUCUGUUGAAGAGUCUAUAGUUGACACUGCUGACUUACCCUCUAAAUUGGCUGAAACUGGAUAUGAUAAGAAAGAUCAGAAAUCUAGAAGAGUUUGUAAGGAUGCACAUGAAAGAGAUCUCACCAUCAUACUUUUAAGAAAAGAAAUAGAAUGUGCACUUGAAAGCUUAAAAGAAGUGCAAGAUGAGAUGGCCAGAUUGCAUGAAGAGAAAAAGGAGAUGUCAAUGUGUGAAAAGCAGAGUCGGCAAAGCAUGGAGUGCCUCACAGCUCAAAUACUUGCCCUGCUGUCGGCUUUGAGACACUUUGAACAGCAAUCUGAAGUCAAGAUUGAUGUACUCUGUAGCAAACUUAGAAACAUGGAGAAACCCCUGAAAGAAGCCGUUUCCCAGUGGUAUCACACGAAAGAGUUACAUGAACUUGAAGUUGGUGAGGUAAGGGUCAUUCAAGCUCAGAAAGCUGUAGAGGCGUCUAGUAUUCUUGCUAAAUUUGUAGAAGCCCAAGAUACAAAGAAAGAAGCAGAUAUGAUGAUCAAUGAAUUAGUGAUAGCUAAUGAGUCAAUGAAGAUUGAUAUUGAAAGAUUGAAAGAAAGUGAAGUCACAUUACUAAAUGAGAAGAGUACAUUAGUCAGCAAGGUUGAGAGCUUACAAACUGUUGUUGAUUUGAAGCAUCAGGAAAUAGAGGAUCUUGUUGAAUCAAAUCUUGCAGAAACAAGGGAUCUAGCAGUGAUGCUGGACGAUGUCAUUAAAGAGGUCCAGCUUACGAUGAAAGAAAAUUUGAUGUCAUUAGCUCCUGAUUUAGAUUGUUUCAAGUCUCAAUUUUUAUAUUCUACCAAGUUAAUACAGCCAUGGCUUGAAAAGAUCUGGUCUGAGAUAGUUUUUAAAGAUUGUGCUAUGUCUGUGCUUCAUCUCUGUCACAUGGGUAUUCUACUGGAAACAGUAACAGGGAUGCAUGCUGAAAAUGGUUUGCUUUCUCAUGGUUUGUGCGAAUCAAACUCUGUCAUAAGUGAGUUGAAGGAACACAAUUUUAGGACGAGACAAGAGCUAGAUAUGUGCAGAAUCUUGAAAGGGAAACUGCUGGCUGACAUCAAGAACAGUUUUGAUCGCAUCACCAGCAAAGAAGUGGAAGCUGGAGAGAUCACUAUGAAGCUGAACACUUUUGCUAAAAACAUAUCUGACCUACAGCUUCAGGAGGAGAUGAUGUUGCAAAGGUCUAAUGAAAUGGGAUCCCAACUUGCUAUCUUGAUGAGGGAAUUGGAUCUGAGUAAUUCAGAUGUUGUGACAUCCCUUCUAGAUCAAGAGAAUCUACUCAAACAGAAAGUAGAAGCUACUGAGUCUCAAGCUGAAUUUUUUAUGGCAGAUUGGUAUGCCAAAGACUUUGAGUUACUCAUUCAUUCUUCCAAAAUAAAAGAUAUGGAAAGUCAAAUGGCUGAUAUGGAGGAGCAUUUUGUCAAGUGUGCUAUAUUAAUUGAGCAAUUGAAGAAAGAAACAAUCAUUUUCCAGGUAGAUGCUGAGUUAGCAAGACAAAUUUUGGUGGACAAGGAAGUGGAAGUUUCCCUUCUAAGAAGAGAAGUUCAGCAGGCAAAAUUGGAGAGGCAAGACCUGUCAAAGGAAUUGAAGGAGAACGUCUUAAGGAUUACUGAAAUGGGUGAAGUAAACAAGAAACUUGAACAAAAUGUUGAGUUUUUAAAGGAUGUUACUUAUUCUAAUGAUGCAUUGAAGGGUGAACUUGUUGAGGCUAAGGAGGCAAAGAAAUGGCUGCUCGAUAAGGUUCUAGAUCUUGAAGCUGAAUAUGAUAAAGUAAUUGGUGCUCUUAUAGAAAAGGAUGUUGCUUUUGAAUUUUCUUCCCAUCAGAUUUCUUAUCUUGAGCAUCAAAACACAGUUUUAAAGGAUGUUACUUAUUCUAAUGAUGCAUUGAAGGGUGAACUUGUUGAGGCGAAGGAGGCAAAGAAAAGACUGCUCGAUAAUAUUCUAGAUCUUGAAGCCGAUUAUGAUAAAGUAAUUGGUUCUGUUAUAGAGAGGGAUGUUGCUUUUGAAUUUACUUCCCAUCAGAUUUCUUAUCUUGAGCAUCAAAACACAGUGUUAAAGGAUGUUACUUAUUCUAAUGAUGCAUUGAAGGGUGAACUUGUUGAGGCGAAGGAGGCAAAGAAAAGACUGCUCGAUAAUAUUCUAGAUCUUGAAGCUGAUUAUGAUAAAGUAAUUGGUUCUGUUAUAGAGAGGGAUGUUGCUUUUGAAUUUACUUCCCAUCAGAUUUCUUAUCUUGAGCAUCAAAACAAAGUGUUAAAUAAUGCAAACAACACAUUGGAAAGUUCAUCUCUCAGACUUAAGGAAGAGCUGAACCUAAAAGAGUCAGAUUUAGCUCGAAUGCAGAGCUUACUGCAGCUUGAGUUAUCGAGAAAGGACGAAGUAAUAAAAGGAUUACUGUAUGAUUUGAGCUUGCUACAGGAAACUGCAUCUAACAGUAAAGACCAAAAAGAUGAAAUUGAGGAGUUGGUGGCUACAAUGGAAGCAUUAGAAUCAGAGCUUGAUGUUAAAACUGGUGAGCUUGCUGAUGUUGUUGCGAGUUGUCAAUUACUUGAAGCUCAGUUGCAGGAUAAAUCAAACAUAAUUACAGCUCUUGAGUUGGAUCUCUCACAGGAACGUGAGGUUCUUAAGUUGGAAGUCAGUAAAAAUCAAAAGCUUAGAAAUGAUAUUGAAGAUGCUUUGGCAGCAAGAAAACUGGCUGACGAUGAGCUAAAAGAGAGAAUGAAGAUAACAGAGAGUUUAGAAGAUGAAAUAUCAGAAAUGAGCAGUGUUCUUAGCCAAAUGAAUGAUUCAAUUGAAAACCUGAGUAGUGAUGUGGAUGAACUCGCUAAUGAGAGGGAUCAACUUCAGGCUCAGAUAAUUUGUCUCAAAGAAAGGCUUGAAAAAGCUGAAGCACAAGUUGAAGCUAAUGAAGAAAUUGCACAAGAAGCCCAGAAGAUGGCUGAAACAAGAAAAAUUUAUGCUGAAGACAAGGAAGCAGAGGUGAAACUACUAGAAAGAUCUGUUGAGGAAUUGGAAAGUACUGUAAAUGUUCUUGAAAACAAAGUUGACAUCAUUAAAGGAGAAGCAGAACGACAACGGCUGCAAAGAGAAGAUCUAGAAUUGGAGCUACAUGCCUUAAAAGAUCAGAUGCAAAAUGUGAGGAAUACUGAUGAUGACAUAAAAAGAUUUUUGGAUGAAAAAGAGAAAAGACUUGAGGAAGCCCGGAGUAACAUACAGGUUCUUCAGAGGGAUUUAGCAGGAAAGGAUGCAGAGAUAGCACAAAUGAAAGCUCAUAUUUCAGAGAUAAAUUUGCAUGCUGAAGCACAGGCACAGGAGUACAAGCAGAAAUUCCAAGCAUUGGAAGCCAUGGCUGAGCAAGUCAAAUCUGAGGGGAUUUCUACCCAUUCCACCAAUGCUUUGUCAAGCAAGUCUGAGAAGAAUGGCACCAAGUCACGUGGUUCUGGUUCUCCUUUCAAAUGUAUUGGGUUGGGCUUGGCACAACAGAUAAAACAUGAGAAGGUUGAGGAGCUAUCUGCUUCAAGAAUGCGUAUUGAAGAACUAGAAUCCCGGGCAGCAUGUCAACAGAAAGAGAUAUUUUCAUUGAAAGCCAGAUUGGCAGCUGCUGACAGCAUGACCCAUGAUGUAAUUAGAGAUUUACUUGGUGUAAAGCUGGAUAUGUCCACUUAUGUGUCACUAUUGGAUAAUCAACAAGUGGAGAAGAUUACAGAAAAAGCUCAAUUUCUUACUCUUGAGCCUCAAGAGAAGGAAAAGGAGCUUAUUAAACUAAAGAAGCAGCUGAAUGAGUUUAUUGAAGAGAGGAAAGGAUGGCUGCAAGAAAUGGAUAGAAAACAAGCCGAAUUAGUAGCUGCACAAAUUGCACUGGAAAACCUUCGGCAGAGACACCAGCUGCUAAAAACUGAAAAUGAAAUGUUGAAGAUGGAAAAUGUAAGUAAAAAGAAUAAAGUAAUUGAACUGGAGGAAGAAAUGAAGAAGCUGUCAGGUCAGCAAAACCUUCAGCAACGUAUUCAUCAUCAUGCCAAAAUUAAGGAAGAAAAUAACAUGUUAAAGACACAGAACGAAGAACUCAGUGCAAAGUUACGGAGGGCAAAUAUCUUCCGUUCUCGUGUCAAAGAAGACCUUAAUCGUCUUCGUGCUUCUGCUGGGGACAAACCAUGUAUUGAUUUUGAUGAGGAGCAACGUCUGAGGAUAAAAGUGAAGGAGAUCGAGGAAGAGAAAGUACAAUUAGCACAGCAAUUAUUGAAAUUGUCUACCAAUGUUCUAAAGGCUGCUGGAAUAGCAAAACCACUUUCGGAUGUGAAUCCUUCUAUUGCUGAGGAGGCCCUAGAGGAGCUAAAGAAUAGGAUAACUUCUCUUGAAAUGGAACAACAAGAUUUGAAGUUUAAGAAUAAAAUUAUAAGUGAAAGGGUUCGAUUAUCAGAGCUCAUGCCACAAGUUUCUCCUUUGAACUCAAGACCUGAGGAGAAUCCUUUAACUCCAACAAGGGCAUCCCAAGCUCCAUUCCUUUCAAAUUUUGAUCGAUAGUGAAGUGUUUUAAUUAGUGCCUAAUGUUGUAUUUACCCCAUUCAUGGCAAUUUUUUGGGGGUCAACAUGGCUUAUUUUUUUAUUAACCUGUAAAUAACAUGUAUGUACUGUGUAUAGCUCAAUGAGAAAUUAUUGUUAUUAUUAUUAA